GUUACGGUGCAGUAUAUUUCUUAAAGAGGAGAAAAAGAGGAAGAGGUAAUUCGAACGAACUAUCUUCUAUCUGUUACAAAAAGCCAUUAUUGCUUUGGACGAGUAGGUUAAUAAGCGUUACAUCACGUCGAUUCGAUGUACCUACAUUACGACGCAAAUUGGAAUUCAUUCGAGGAUGAGAAACAAGAACUUCCCCUUUCUGAUUUCGCGAUCUCGCCGUGUUAUGAGAUGAAUCAUCGUGGUACCGUUCGAGAGUAAGUCUUUCAUCGAAGAUGAAAGGUCGCUAGCAUUUGGCUCGAACGUACUUGACCCUGGUAUCGGUUCAAGGCAAGGCGAAAAGCCGCUUUGAUUUUCAACGGUGCAACGAGGAAGAUCCGAUUUGAGGAACCGAUUGGGGGAGAUCGCACACGAUCGGUAUACUAUAACCUGGCUGGCAGGGAAUCGUUGUCUUAUUUACCCAGAGCGAAUUAGAAUGCUUAAUAAUCGUAGCCUCGGUCGAGACAGGUGGUGGUGGCUUGACCGACUUUUAAAGAAACCUUGGGGGGAGUUGGGCGGCAUCUUCAGUUAGACAUUGGCCUCCGCAAGACGAAGAGUCGGAAAAAAGAGCUGAAGGGUGCGACGAAGAGAGACGUCCUUUUCCAACGAUCCUCUUGACUUCUAUACGAAAUUUUCAUCUGGUAUAAACCUUCUGUCAGUAGCACAGGACAAGAGCGAAGAUGCGGCUGUCGAUGGUGGUCGAGUUGUUACUGAUCGUGCUUCUGAUCGCGUUCGCCGCUUACGGCAGAGUGAUCGAGCGCGAUGAGAAAGCAGAAGAUAGAGCGAUUAGGGAUGUGAGCGGUUCUAAACAGAGUAACGUCGGUAUAUCGACGUUAUCGUUGAAACAGGCAACCGACAAUGUGAACAGAUAUUGCACUUGCAAUGAGAACAUAUGCAAUUGCUGCAGAGACUUCCAUAUACCGCUGGUGCAAUUACAAGGACCAGGAUGUGCAUCAUUGCAAUACCUGCAAGGGGAUAAUUUGGCGGUGCAACUUAGCUUCGGCGAUAACAUUCUAACAAGCACAAUCGUAAAUGGAAAGAAUCCAAAGCCCGUAUGCGUCCCGUUACCUGGAGGGUUUACGAAAUUCUGUGGAAGAAUUUAUUCCAUUAAACGGGAUGCUAAAAAUCACUUCAAAGCCUGCCUUGGACUGGAAUUACAAUCAGCGACAGAACUCGAGGCUAGUUUACGCGUUAGCUGCUUUAGAUUUGGCCCUGACGGUCUAAAGUUACGCCCAGCAGAACCACUUCCGGUAGUCGAAGCUGAGGUCGCGGAAGAAGACGACGAUGACGAUUUCUUUGGCCUAGGUUCGGACGAUGACGACGAAGACGAUGAUGCCGAGAAUAAUGCACCGUUGGCUAACUCCGUACCAAAUUCUUCCGCGGAAGAAGACGAGGAAGAAGACGACGACGAAGAUGUUCUUGGAUUCGGAGCUCUAUUAGAUAUUAUAACUGGCGAAGAUGAGACCACAACGAAGAAACCAAAAGUAACCACGCCUCCACCUCUUCUCCACUUUACGAUUCCAAUUCUAAAUAAGCCGACAUCGUCGCCAGUAGAUUCUAACGUCGCAAGUAACGUUGCCACUAACGAUUCCGAAGAAGACAACGAGUAUAAUCAAGAAUCCUCGAACAUCAGCGGAGAAGGCAAUAUCGAAAUAAAUGACGAAUCUGCAGCCACCGAUACGACGGGUAGCGAAGCCGAAGAGAUUGUUACACAGGUUUCGAAUAAGAUAGCUUCCUAUACGAAGCCGGAUAAAACACCGAUUAAGAAAUUCACAGCGGUUGAUACGAGUACGAAAAAGCCAAGCAUCACGAGCUCCAGUAUCAACGCAAUCGAAAAUGAAACGAACAAGAAGAAGAAACCCUUGAGGAAACCGAUCAAGGGCGAAGAAGACGACGAUGACGAUAUUUUAGGAGAUAGUCUGGACGAUGAUGACGACGAUGAGGAUGAAGAGAUUUUAAACGACGACGACGAUGAUAACGAGAAGGAUAGCGAGGCAGAGGAGGACGAAGAUGAGAAGGUUGACGGAAGUGAACACGAGAAUCACGAGGACGAAGACGAGAAAGGCGAGAUUGAAGAUUUAGAUGACGACGACGACGAAGAAGAUGCGGUGAUCAGCGCGUUGGUUUAUGACGAAAAAGAGAAUGGAAAGAAGAAGGGCAAAGUGAAGAAACAUCACCAGUCUUCCGAAGCUUACGACGAUGACUCGGAUUAUGAAUUAGGCUUGACCGGACUUCUGGCAAGAAGCAGGCAUUCGAGAGGCAGUCGUCAGAGCAAAGAGAUGAGAUUCUAAGUCUUAUAUUCUAUACACGUUCUAUGCACGUAUAGAAUAAUCAAAAGAAACCGUGACACGGUAGUUUUCCAAAUAGAUCAAUCGAUUAUCGGCGAAGAUUAAGUCCAAAGUUUAACUAACCGUUCAAGAUUGGACUCCUUUGUUAAAUCGAAGAAUAUAUCGUUGACUAUGUUAAUAAGUAUGGAGACUGAUAGCUUCUUCCUUUUUUUUUUAUAAGAAUCAUUCUAUUAUUUAACUAACUACUAGUAGAUAACAACAUAUGUAUAAUAUUUUUUGUAAAAAGCUUUUCUGCUAAUGUUAUUCAGACAUCAUGAUAAUAGACAUGAUAGAGUUGUACGUAUUAAAAUGUAACUUUUAUAAAAAGUCGCCAUAUAAAUCUGUGCAAAUAAUUUAAUGUUAUUUAAGACAAUAAUUAAUGUAAUUUAUGUACGAUUAUAUAAUUAAUUUAUUGAAUCUGUAAUUAAACAUAUAUUAAACUUAUAUCUGCAUUAAAUAAACUUAUAUCAGCUUAUAUACGAA